UGCCGCUGUUGUGUGCCAUGCCGUGCGGGAGCAGAUCGGCGACACGACCGGCGCGAGUCCGUCUGACAGCUGACAGCGGGAUGACAGCCCGAUGACGCCCGGCGACGCACCGGCCUGACCCGUCCCACCCCGAGCUGCUGCAGGCCGAAUCCGAAGGAUCAGCGAUGCAAGGCGUCUGCGAGAACAUUCGCACGGCGAUCGAACACGGACGUACUGACAUUAUCAGGUCGCUUCUGGACGCGUGUGAGAACGGCAACGUCACGGAGGGCAUCACGAGGGACAAGAUAUUAAAUCAACCGGUUUUGGAGGAAGGAACUUUCCUGUCGUACGCCUCGAAGACCAAUCAGGCGGACAUUGUGAGAACCCUUCUGAAUUGCGGCGCCGAUCCAGCCGUGCCGAACGCGGACGGACGUAAUGCGGUGGAUGUUGCCUCGAACGAUGCAAUACGACGUAUUUAUAUAGAGGAGAUGUUGAGGGCAACGGCCGCUUCCGAAAUAGACAGAGUAGUACAGCUGCUGGAUGCAGGAUUAGACGUUAACUCGUGGGACUCGCAGGGCAGCAAGAACACGCCGUUGCAUUGGGCAGCAUGUUACGGGAACAAGGACAUUAUCGCGUGUUUGCUUGAUAAAGGAGCCGAUGUGAAUGCCGAGAAUGGUUGCGGCGCAACGCCGUUGCACGACGCAGUGAAUCGCGGCGACAUCGCUAUCUGUCAGGAGCUGCUGCAGGCCGGUGCGAAUCCUCUUGUACGGGCUACCAAGGGAACGUUUGCGGGGAAAACGCCGUACGAGUUGUCCAGAAAGAAGCAAUCUCUACACUGUUUCCUUCAAAGAUUCAUAUCGAAUUUUAUGCUGAACGAGAACGAGACGAUGCACAGCGCCGCUAUGUCGUACCCGGACGCGAACUAUUGCCAGAAGGGUCUCACGUGCAAUAUGAGCCAGCUGUCGGUCGAAUCGAACAAGUCCUCGGAUCCGGCGUACGAUGUGCCUUCGCGCGAUGCGGGCAAGGAGAGUCCUAGCAAGUCUAUCAUCGACAAAGGAAGUAUCUACAACUUGCUGUGGCCACAGCCGAAGACUGUGAACGAGCUAAAAAAUUUCACGGCCCCGUUUAUCGCCGGAAAGGAGCUUUUUAUAUCAAUAAUACAGGGCAGUGAAUCUGUACAUAAAAUAUUAGACGUGUGGGAGAUCAGCAGGACCCAUCUGCUGGAACUGGGUCACGACGUAAAGAUCGGCGAGGUGCAGCCCAGUUGCGGCAAGAUGCUCAACGACAAUACGAUUGAAUGCAUCGUGAAUAGGAAUCUAUUUAACAUCGCGGAUAGCUAUCAAUUGCACAUCACGCAUAACUCCAUCAAAGUGAGCGCCGGAAGUCUAGCGGGGCUGCAUUACGCGGUCUGCACGUUCGUGCAGAUUCUGCGUCUGAGUAAGAGUCAGAGUAGGUCGGAGGUGUGCGAGAUCGAGCCAGUCUUCAUCAAGGACGAGCCGAGAUUCGCGCAUCGCGGUAUACUGUUGGACAUUUCGCCCAGAGGACGCGUGCCGACUCUGGAAUACCUUUUACACAUUAUCGAUCUACUCUCGUCGUUCAAGAUCUCGCAUUUACACCUCUACUCUAGACUUGUGCAAAAUUGCGACUGGCAGCUGUGCUACUCCAAGUCCGAGAUGGUGACUCUGGACAGAUAUUGCAGAGACCGCCAUUUAGACAUAGUUCCAACGUUGGACGUCGAUUCUAACGUCAGCCAGCAUCACCUGAUGCAAAUGUGGCCUAUCUUUCAAGACUUGCUCGCAGUAUUCCCUAGCUUAAAUUACGUUCACGUAGGCCCGCGGUUAACCACCUUGCUAGUGCAGGCCGACAGCUUCGACUUGAGCGUAUCCGUCAACGACACGCUCGAAACGGACAUGUCGGAAGUAUUCAAGUCUUACUCGUGCCUUCAGGAACUCUGGCAUAUUCUCAAUUUGAGCUCGAGCACGACUCUGCUUUUAUGUUCCAACAGUUUGCACUCCAAAUCCGAGUUUCACAAUAUUCCCACUAACAUCGUGCUUGUUGAAUACGGAUUUCAGGCUGAUUACGAUUUCUCCGAUUGGACGGAGCCGUUCAGACUGGCGGGCGGCAAUGUUUUACCAAGCUCCGGCACAGCCAGUUACAACAGCCUGGCCGGAUGUCCGGCGUCGACGUACGCCAACACGAGAAACGCGAUAAAGACGUCUCUGGAGCAGAACUCGAUCGGUGUCGUUGUCGCGCACUGGUCGGGCAGUCAUCAUCUCACGCCGCAUCCUUUCGCGUGGAUCGGCUACUUGGUGGCGGCUGGUUUAGCUUGGAACCCGACCACGGAAAUAGAUUUAGGAUCCGACGAGAAUUACGACAUCCCCGAGUUGUCCGCGUCAGUCAGAGAAAGGUGCAUCACGAAAUUACUGGAUAUACACGUGUUUCAAGAUUCGGAAUACAAAAUCGGCAACGCGCUGCUGGAGUUGGGACGUUUAGACACACUGGUGUUAACAUUGAGUAAGAAUCAAGCGGUCAAAGACUUGCAGCAGAUACCGGAUAAUCGCGGCUCCACGUUAUAUCGAUUACUGACCGAUCCGGAUAAUGUGAAUCUGGAGUAUCUCUCGGCCGAUCUGUUCGCUAAGGUGACGAAGCAGAUCAAACGAAUAUCCCAUUCCAUGUACGAGGCGAGCCUGUCCUCCAAGUUCGCGUCGAUGGAGAUACAGGAAUUGCAACUGACGUCCGAUCUGAUGCUGACGGCCUGUAAAAUCGGCAGAACGCUGAUUGGCGUCGGUGUGAAUCCGAACAGCAAUAUGGGCCUCGCGGUUAUCAAUCUGGGAGUGUGUAAUCUGCCGCCGACUUUCAGGACCGACGUGGCGAACAAGAUGUUGGCACAUAUAGAGCAGUACAAGGGCUCCUGGCUGCAAAGACAGUUUCCGCAGGGUCUCCAGGACUCGUUGCUAGUUUUGACCAGCGCGCUGCAUAGGUUUGUGCCGGAGACAUAAAAAGAAAUUUUUUUUUUUUUCAAGCGUAAAAGACUUUCAGCUGGUCACCGAGCGAUCUACAAAAAUGCAAAUGUCUAAAAGACUUUUACAGGGCAUCUGUUGAACUUUUUCACGCGUUGUUCGAGGAUUUUAACUCGACAAAAGACUGCAAUGUGCAAAUAUACACGCGGCGAUGAAUGAGACACGUAAUACGUGCAGGAUUUCAAGAUGUAUUCGAAGAAAAGAAACUAUCGAGAGAGCAAUAUGUACUUUUAUCAUUUUACAUAUUAGAUACACGCUGAUUACUAUAUCGUACGUUUGCUACGCUAUAUUGUUUCUUAAUAUCCGUAAAUUUACGAAGAUGCUUUUAAAGAAACACUUCACCGAGGGAAUAUAAUUUAAGCUAAGAAAUUUUGGAUAUAAAAAGAAUGUUUCUUUUAUUAAAUACAAAAAAGGCAUUUAUCAAUUUAUUGCACAUUUAUUGUCGUUAAUCGCAUAAUAAUUCCGCAAGAGUCACGGCUGAUAUAAAUUAAAAGCAAGUCAUAUUCAAA